AUGCCACCGACAACAAUCCACGAAUGCCCGAUAGAUGAGGAGUUUACCGACCUCGAAGAGCACCAGGCGCAAACCCCCUCAUCGUUCUACAAUGCAAAGCCAGUCCUCCAUUACAAGCAGCAACAUGUCCGGGCUCUAGCUUCUCGAGACCAGAUACCCAAGCUUCCAGUCCUCGGGCCUGGCGCCGACGCUAGUUCGCAGCCAGCGUCGGCGGCUCUGGACGAUGCGAUGACUGUGCAAUUCAUAGAUGUCUGGAUCAGCUCAGAGCAAGUCUACACCCGGGUACAGUUUUCUGCUUCCAGUGCUAAUUGCUUCGGCAGAAACCUCACAUUGUUCAACCAAGCUACCCACAUCGGCAUGUCCAUCCCCUACCCCUCCAUCUCUCUCCACGCCAUUCAACGUCUGGCGGACCCCGCGAAGGCCGCCGAGCAGGUACAGGGCCUCUAUAUGCAACUCGACCUGUCAGAUCCCAACGCCGUCAGCGAUGAAGAUUUUGAGGAUGAGAUUGAGUUGACUCUCAUCCCUGACGUCGGCGAAGGAACAGAGGAAGAGGCGAUAAAGAAGCUGUUUAGCGCUAUCUCCAACUGUUCGAACCUGCAUCCAGACCCAGCAUUCGGUGACGGAGAUGAUGGGGAGGGUGAAGACGAUAGAAUCAUAUUCGAGGGAAGUGUUGGUUACGAGGGUAUCAGCGGGCUUCCGGGAGUUCAGCAAGGGGUUAGUGAUGGUGGUUUACCUCCUCCUUUCCCUGGAAGCGGGGGGUGGAUUACGGCUGAGAAUGUGGGGAACUACUUUGACGAAGAGGGAAACUGGAUCCGUGAUGGAGAGGAGCCGAGCUUGGGUGAGGGUGCGGGAAGAAUCAGAACGAGGGAGGAAAUGGACGGUCCGCAAGUCAAUGGCGACAAUGAACAUGAAUCCGAUGAGAGCAAACGCCCCAGGACCGAUUAA